CAAUAGCAAUAGCAAUAGCAAUAGUAAUGGUAAUGGUAAUGGUAAUGAUAUCAAUAGUAUGAAUAUCAAUACUAAUACCAAUACUAAUACUAAUACUAAUGCCUAUAGUGAUAGACCUCAGUUUGAAUCUAAUGAUAAUAGCGUAAUCAACUCAGAAACAAGCUCAAUAAGAGAGAGUCCUCCUAUUACUAACUCUUCAUCUAGUAUAAGUAUAAACGUAAUAGAACCUCCGGUCACUUCAAGAUCAAUAGAGAAUGGUUCAAACCCCGGUAGAAGACAACGACAUCGAUUAGAAUCACUAACUUCUGCUCCAAGACAUAAUCAUAUCACUAGUGGAUUUAAUCCAAGAGUAUCACCAGUACCCUCUGGUCAAUCAUCUACUACCACUUCUACACCUUUAUCUAAUUUCCCCGGCCAUUUCCCAACCGAAUCUUCUGAUAUAUCCCAAUUUCCUGGUUACUUCCCCUCAGAUAAGUCUCCAUCAAUAGUACAAGUUCCAAGUACUCAACUACAAGCUCAACCACAAAGAAGCAAACCUGAAAUGCAAAUGCAAAUACAAAAUCAAAAUCAAAAUCAAAUACAAAAUCAGAAUCAAUAUCAAAAUCAAAAUCAAGCAUUAGUUCGAACUAAUAAUCAAAAUCAAAGUCUUAUUAGGAAUAAUAACAAUCAUAAUCAUAAUCAAAAUCGAUCUAAUAUGCCUAUUAUGAUGUCAUUUAAUGGAAAUAAUUCUAAUAAUACUAGUAAUGAUGAUAUAGAAAUUAUCUCUCUAAGUUCGAGUGAUGAUGAAUCCAGUAGUAGAAAUGAAUUAAUGAAUCCUACUAAAAUGUACACUCUUUCUGAUUUACUUGAUGCUCGAGUUCAACCUCCUCCUCAACCUGAAGAAGAUGAAGUUAUUGAUUCAGAUGAUGAUCUUAUGAUUAUAGAUGAAGAAGAAGCCAAGAAAGUAUCACAUUUCAAACCGUCUGAGUUUAAAAGACAUAAUGAUGUGUUUAAUUAUAACAGUUUAGUUCCAGCUUUUGAACCACCACCUGAUUCAAUUCAUCCAAAUGGUAAUAUACUGACAGAAAAUUCAUUAUUUAAUAGACCAGCACCUGUUCCUCAUGUUUCAGAUCCCGGAUUUCAAGUAAGUAGUCAUGAAUUAAAAGAAUUAGAUAGUCGAAUUCAUAAUUUAUCUAAAGAACAAGAAAUGAUAAGAAGAUCAGUAGUUCAACUUGCUAAAGAACAAAAGGAAUGGUCAGAAAAGAUUCAAAAAGCUAAUAUAAAGAUAACUGAUUUAAAUAAUAUAUUAAGUACUGAUGCAGCUAAUGGAUUAAAUCAAGAUAUUAGAAAUCUUUUAACUGCCAAGGAAUCAGAAGUUCAUAGAUAUAAAGCUAAUCAUUCUCAUAUAAGUAAUAUGUUAAAACAUACUAUGGAUAAAUUUCGAUCAAUUCUUAAUCAAAUUCAAACUUUUCAAGCCAGACAAAGUGAAAUUAGACAUCGAAUUAAUCCAAUGAAUCAUGCUAAUACUUUAUUAGGUAAUAAUCUUCCUCCAACUAAUUUACAAGUAAAUGGUAGACCAUCAUAUAUUGAAGAUUCUUUACAAGAUGAAGAUAUUCAAGAUUCUUUACCCCUUGUAGGAUAUCUGGCAAAUAUUUAUACUGAUAAUAAAGAUUUACAAACAUUAAUUGAUAAUAUAAGACCUGAUGAAGAUUUAGUUGAAGGAUUAGAACCAACUCCUAAAGAACUUUCAAUUAAUUUAAUGAAACAUCAAAGAAUGGGAUUAACUUGGUUAAAAAGAAUGGAAAUUUCCAAUUCUAAAGGUGGGAUACUUGCUGAUGAUAUGGGACUUGGAAAAACCAUUCAAACCAUAGCAUUAAUUAUAGUUAAUAAAGUUGAAAAUCAAUCUCCAACCCUUGUUAUAGCUCCAGUAUCACUUUUAAGACAAUGGGAUGCAGAAAUAAAAUCAAAACUUAAAAGUGAUAUAUUAAUAAGAGUAGCUAUAUUUCAUGGUAAUGAUAAAAAAUCUCUUUCAUCAUUUUCAAAACUUGAAAGAUAUGAUGUAAUAUUAACUUCUUAUGGUACAUUAUCAUCCGAAUGGAAAAAACAUUUUAAAGAAUCAUUAGAACAAACUACUGAUAAAAAACAAUCAGCAGUUUAUAUGCCACCAAGUUCAUCAGGAGGUAAAAGUUAUAUAUCACCAUUUUUUUCAAAAGAUGCAUUAUUUCAUAGAAUUGUUUUAGAUGAAGCUCAACAAAUUAAGAAUAAAUCAUCUUUAGCAUCAAAAGCUGUAACUUAUUUAAAGGCAGAAUCUCGAUUUUGUUUAAGUGGUACUCCAAUUCAAAAUAAUGUUGAAGAAUUAUAUCCUUUCUUAAGAUUUCUUAAGAUUAGACCUUAUAAUGUUGAAUAUAAAUUUAGAACUGAUAUUGUUUUACCACUUAAAGGAGGAGAUUAUGAUGAAUUUGAUAAAGAUAAUAGUAUGAAGAAAUUACGAGCACUUUUAAAAGCAAUAUUAUUAAGAAGAACAAAAGAUUCAUUAAUUGAUGGUAAACCAAUAUUAUCAUUACCUAAAAAACAUGUAAUAUCUGAUUUUGUUGAAAUGGAUAAAGAGGAAAAAUCAUUUUAUGAAUCUUUAGAACUGGGGAUUCAAAGUAAAGCUCAAACUUUAAUGAGUCAAAAGAAAGUUGGACUUUAUUCAAGUAUUUUAACUUUACUUUUAAGAUUACGUCAAGCAUGUUGUCAUCAAUAUUUAGUUGAAAUUGGAGAAAUGAAAUCUAAGAGUGAAGAUAAUUCCGGUUCAAAGAAGAAAAAUUGGCCAGAAAUGUUAAAACAAUUAUCCAUGUUAGAACCUCAAGCAAUUGAAAGAAUUAAGAAAGUUAAUUAUAAUUCUAAAUCAAAAUCGUCUAAUGAAAUUAAUACUGGUAUUAAAUCGGAUAUUAAACCUGAUAUUAUUAAAUCGGAUAUUAAACCUGAUUUACUUGCCCAAAUAAGUACAGAAUAUUCAGUAGCAGAAGAAGAUGCUUUAACUUGUCCUAUUUGUUUUACAGAUAUUUCUUCAGAAGAUCCUAUAUCAAUAUUAGGAAGUUGUGGACAUGUUCUUUGUCAAGGAUGUGUUGAUUCACUUUUUGAAUAUAAUACAACUGAUGAAGAUAAUCGAGGAAUUCGUCAAACUAGUUGUAAAGAAUGUGGCAAACCUUGUAAAGAAACUCAAGUUAUUGAUUAUGUUCUUUUUAAGAAAAGACAUAUUGAUAUGUAUGAUAUUGGUAGAAUGAAUCAAUUUUGUAGUGUUUAUUAUAGUAAUAAUGAUUCAAAUCAUCUGAUGAUAAAUAAAUUGGUUCAAAGAGAUGGAGGAUUAACUCCUUCAAUAAAAAUUGAAAAAUGUAUGGAACUUUUAAAAUCAAUUUUUAAAGAUUAUGGUAAUGAAAAAGUUAUUAUAUUUUCACAAUUUACUACUUUAUUUGAUAUUAUGGAAAAAGUUUUAAAACGUGAACAUAUUGAAUUUUUAAGAUAUGAUGGUACCAUGUCAGUAGAUUCAAAGAAUAGUACUAUUAAGAAAUUUUAUCAAUCAAAUAUUAAAGUUUUAUUAAUUUCUUUACGAGCAGGAUCAGUUGGUCUUACAUUAACAUGUGCAUCUCAUGUAAUUAUAAUGGAUCCAUUUUGGAAUCCAUUUGUUGAAGAACAAGCUAUGGAUAGAGCUCAUAGAAUUGGACAAGAAAGAGAAGUAUUUGUUCAUCGAAUAUUAAUAACUCUGACAGUUGAAAGUCGUAUAAUGGAAUUACAAGAAAAGAAGAAGAUGUUGAUAUCUGCCGCUCUUGAUGAGAAAGGUAUGAAAUCAGUUUCACGUCUUGGUACAAGAGAAUUAGGAUUUUUAUUUGGAUUAAAUUCCUUACAAUAGUAGGAGUAGUGUGUGUGUGUGUGUGUGUGUUUUAUUUAUUUCAUAAAUUUGUAUUAUCAAUACUAGAUUAAUAUCUAAAUUUUUUAACUUUAAUUAGGUUUCUUUCCCAAUCUUCUUCUGUUAUUAAGGGAUUAUCGAUAUAACAUAAAUUCCAUCGUAUAACAGAUUCGAAAUCAGCAUUAAAUUUAGCUAAUGAUUUACAUAAAUAAAUUAUUUGUAAGAUAAGUCCAUCCUUUUGACCUUGCAAAUCUAUAUCUGAAUCAAAUUCAUCAUCUUGUUUAGUUUGAAUUAUUUCUGGUAAAUAUUCAAUUAAACUUGAAGAUAAUUGAUUAGCUAGACUUCGUAUAAAUUGAUUAAUUAAAAGAUCAUCUUCUGAAGUAGUGGUACUAGUAGUAGUACUAGUAGUAGUACUAGUAGUAGUACUA